UCCGUGCCCUUAACAAAAAGACACUUUUCAAUUCAUUCGGAAAAAGUACACAAACAAGUACACAAAAAAAAUAGACCAAAAUUUUCCCAGGAUGCCAAACGUUGUAGAUGAGAAUGGCCGACCACUGGCAACAAUUGUGGAAAUUGCCGACGAGUUGGAGCGAACCCAUCUGGCACACCCGUCGCAAGUGCUACAGAACCUGGGGCAGAUUCGAGAAGCGGAGGACGAGAUGGCCCUGACCGAACGUUGGCGCUUGAGCCAUAGAUACGAUUCGGGGGUAUAGAGGAGCUCCCGCUCCGUGGGCCACAUACGUCACAACACAACUCUCCCGCCCAUAAUCAGCGACACCUGCUCCAAGGUGUUUGGCUGGCAAUUAAUGGGACAACUUUCCACAUUCCCAUCCACAGUCCUCGAGCAAAGCAAACAAAGCAUUCGAACAGAUCCACACGCGAAGAACUGAAGAACUGAAGGGUUCGGGCUCUGAAACACACAAACAAAUUGUGACAAAGUUGCGGAAAUUUAAUUAAAAUCAAAUACUCGUACAACUAAAGUAAACCAUGUCCCAAGCAAAAA